GCAUCAAGCCCAACGCCUGCUCGCUUGCCCGACAGCCUUGAGCCUGAGCCGGAUAAAGCGGAGGAAACUCCAGCAGCCAAGGAUCCUGACGACAUCCGUAUCAACGUGGAGGAGCCCAAGGGCCGGAAAUCUGCAGCUGUCAGGCAUCGGGAGCUUUAUGAUUUGAUGAAGGUGGAGCCUGAUGCGACAGAACAGGAUCUUCGAAAUGCCUACAAAAGACGCGCACUCGCUCUACAUCCCGACAAGGGUGGCAACGAGGAAGACUUCAAAGCCAUGAAAUACGCCUAUGACGUUCUCACAGACCCUGAGAAGAGGACGGUCUACGACCUUCAUGGCCAGGAAGGGCUACGCCAGAUGGAGAUGGCAAAGCAGAUGGAAGCAAACGGGCAGUUCUUUGCACCCAUUGCGAUGCUGCUCAGUCUAGCUGACGGCAAGCGAAGGCUACUUGCGUUUCUUCUUCUUCUCCUUGGGUUGUUCUUCAUGCUGCCAUUUAUCCUCAUCACGCUCAAGUGGGACGGAUCUGUCGGCUUUCACUGGACAGUGGCCUUGAUCCCCGUGUGGCUGGUUCAGUUGCCCAUUUGUUGCAUCCAGCAGUGUGUGGCCCCGGAGCCUCCAGAGGGAGAUGAGGAGGAAUGGGGCGAGGACGAGCGCCAGAACUUCAAGCAGCAAAAGAAGGAAGCGCGCUGGAUCCAUUGUCAGGGCCUGGUGGUUCUGGGGCUGCUGCUGUCCUUUCAGAUCUUGGUCCUGCUUCGACUCGAGGGAGACAUCACCGCCUCCUGGUUUCUCGUGAUGCUGCCAGGCGUCCUACUGGAGGCGUGGUGGCUGGUGCUGAAGGUGAGAAUUUCACCCAUCAAGUGGGCAAUGACAGACCCGGUGGCUGCAGCAGAAGCGCAUUACGCCGGCAGCGUGUGGAAGUCGAGGAAGUUCUGGUACUUCAUGUUUGGUUUCGUGCAGCUGGGCAUGAUGCGGCUUAUCGCCCUUCUGUUGCUCGCUGAAUGCGCCGACUCUGGCAGCAUGUCCUGGUGGGUGGUUCCAGUGCCGCUAUACUUCUCCGCAACAUUUCGCAUUUUGAAUGCUGCGCUUGCUUGCGGAUCCUCCUCUCGGCCAGGCUCAGGCAUUGCUAUGGCAGCUGCCGGCCUGGCUGUGGCUUUCUGGCUGACGAUGUUGCUGCUGGCCAUAGGGAAGCUGGACGGCGGCACCUAUUCCGCUGGCUUAGUCUUCUCACCGCUCUUCACGUUAUUUGCUGCUGUGACAUGCUUGGUCAGCAUCUUGGUAGGAUGCUGGCCACGUGAUCACUUGGAAGACAUGGCGAAAGCAAUGGGCGAGCCCAUUGGGCGCCCCGCCGAGACGGAAUGA